AUGGCUAAAUUUGAUUUGACGAGUAAGAUGACCAAAUACCUGGACCGGCAUUUGGUCGCCCCGCUGCUGGAGUUCUUGUGGGCGAAAAAGAUUUACAAUGAGAAUGAAAUUUUGCAAGCCAAAUUGGACAUUCUUAAUAAGACAAACAUGAUGGAUUAUGUAAUUGAGAUUUACAAACAGUUGAAUCCUGAAAAAGAAGUACCAGAGGAAAUGAAAACAAGAAGAGAUCAAAUUGUAUCGCAGCUCAAUCAAUUUCAAAGUGAAGUUGAUGUUGUGAUGAAUUUCCUCAAAGAUGAUAAAGUCAUGAAAAAUAUGGAAACUAUGAGGGAUCCUAAAACAUUGUCUACCUAUUUAACCAAUGAAUUCAACUUUAAAGUAGAAAUGAUGGAAAGUAUGUACAAAUUUGCCAAGUACCAUUAUGAUUGUGGAAAUUAUGCUGGUACAACAAGUCAUUUGUACUUUUAUUUAUUAGUUAUGUCGCCUACUGACAAGAAUUACUUGAAUGUUCUUUGGGGAAAAUUAGCAUCUGAAAUUCUUAUUCAAAACUGGGAAACUGCUCUUGAAGAUUUAAACAAACUGCGAGAGUACAUUGAUUCCAAUACAAAUGGUUCUCCAUUGCAUUUGCUACAACAACGAACGUGGUUAAUUCACUGGAGUCUAUUUGUGUUUUUCAAUCAUGUUAAGGGACGUGACCUUAUUAUUGACAUGUUUCUGUACAGGCCUAACUAUUUAAAUGCUAUUCAAACCAUGUGUCCACACAUUCUUCGCUACUUGGCCACUGCAGUAAUCAUCAAUCGUUCAAGAAGAGCAGCCAUGAAGGAUCUUGUUAAGGUUAUUCAACAGGAAUCUUAUACCUACCGUGACCCUAUAACUGAACUUCUAGAAAAUCUCUACGUUAAUUUUGAUUUUGAAGGAGCCAGGGACAAAUUACAUGAAUGCCAAAUUGUCCUUUUUAAUGACUUCUUCUUGACUGCAUGCCUUGAUGAUUUUGUAGAAAAUGCUCGUUUGAUGAUUUUUGAAACUUUUUGUCGUAUUCAUCAGUGUAUUAGUAUUGGAAUGUUGGCUGAAAAGCUUAAUAUGAACCCAGAAGAGGCUGAGUGUUGGAUUGUGAACCUCAUCAGGAAUGCCAGGUUAGAUGCAAAAAUUGACUCAAAACUUGGACAUGUCGUUAUGGGAACACAACCUUUAUCGCCUUACCAACAGCUUUUAGAGAAAAUAGAUACAUUGUCAGUGCGAUCAGAAGCAUUACAACAACUCAUCGAAAGAAAAGUCAAAGCUAAAACUCAAGAACAAGAUCCACUUUGGUACAAUCCUUGA